CUGCAUUACACACUUGGGUGGGGCGCUUCUUGCUAUAUUCGACAGCUGAAAGGCGCUACACGGCAGAAACGCACACAACCGCUUUGUGCAAAAUACGCACAGACUGUAACCGGACGGACUACACCGCUUGGCCGCCGCCGCUUCCACCUCUCUCUCUGUUGCCAGCCGCUCAUAUCGUCGGUCAUGUUUCGCUGUGGGAUCGCCUACCCUCGCUGCAGGUGGAUCGUGCCCCUGCUCUUGCUCUUCGCCAUUAUUUUUGACAUUAUCGCCAUCGCCGCUACCUCGGGAUGGGUAGAGGACGAGGACGCCAAGUCGCACUACGCCAGUAUGUGGCAGCACUGCCGAGGCAGGAACGACAACUGGGACUGCAAGUCGCUUAUGGAGUUUUCUUGGGCCCAGGCAGUGGCUGCUCUGAUGAUCAUCGGCCUUCUCAUCCUCAUCGUGGCCUUCAUUAUCUCCUGCGUGGCUCUGUGUUGCACGAUCAACGUGACUCUGCUGCCUUUGAUUGGCCUACUGCUGUUCAUCGUUGUGAUUCUCCAGUUCAUCGCUCUGAUCAUCUACCCGGUCAAGUUCAACGAGCUGAUCUAUGAGGGGCACUACGACUACACCUGGGCAUACGGCUUCGCCUGGGGCGCCACCAUCCUCACCAUCGGCUGUGCCAUCCUGUUCUGCUGCCUGCCCCGCUAUGAGGAUGAGCUGACCGGCAUGGCCAAGACCAAAUACAUCUAUUCCUCUGCUUAGAGAAACAGCCUGACCGCCUAGUCAAUUACAGUCUCUUCCACUUUUCACUGUGAGCUGGAUGUGUGCUGCACUGUCUGCUGAACAUUCCUCUUUGCAUUAUCUCACUUCACCAAAGAUCCAGCGGGUAAUGGUGGCUCAGUUCAGUUUAACGCGGUUCACCAGUGGAAAAGUGCUCCCGUAUAUCCAAGAGCAAAGUUAGAAGUGAGGGAUGACGCUUAGUGGAACUGGACUGUGAUUGAGUGCUGUGUCAGUUUAACAUAAAGACCUCCAUGUUGAUAAUUAAGUCACCCCCCUGCCCCGCAUAAAUUAUGGUUUCUACCGUAGUAUUUUUUCACAUUUUAUCAUUGCAUUACACAUAUUCCACAUUUUAUAUGUAUGUUUUACCUUUAACAGUCAAUGCAAGAUCACCCAAGUGCACUUAACAUAGGGGAUGUCAUUGUAUAUAGCAUAGCCGCAAGCUGAUUUCGCUUUCAGGCUCUUGUAAGCUCUUGGAUCUGACUUCUUAGACCUUUCCAGAGAUUUUUGCACAAAGAUGCAAGUGGGAUUAUUAAUCAUAAUGGAUUGUUUGAUUUUAUCCCAUGUGUGAUAAUUUAGCUUUUCUCAACUCCCGCGUGUAUCCUAAAUGCAUAUUUUAUUCUGUAUGUUACUAUAGGUAAGACCGAGAGAAAGGGAUGAAUUCACAAGCUGAAUGUAAUAGAUACACAAGAAAAGCAUACAUGUACUUUAAUUGUUGUAUUUGGACAUUUUUGGACAUUUUUUAAUCACUCCAACUGCUGUUUCAGAAUAUUGUAUUCAUAAUUGUUCUCUACCAAAGGGUAUACGUGUGGGAGUAUAUUGUGUUGUCUCUGUAUUUGUUUUGAACACUAGUAACAAUAGACUUAAUGGGUAAAUAAUGUGGUGUGAUGUUUGAGCUGAUAGUGAGGAAGAACACUAUUGAAUAUUCUGAAUGUCUAUUCUUGUUGCUUCUCCAUCACUUUAAGAUAGAUUUUUUUCAUUUCUUUUUCUUUUUCUUUUUCUUCUUCAGAAGUGCAUCACAGUUAAUCUGUCUCAAGCAUUAUGAGAAAACUGGAGUUUCUCUCGCUAUCCAAUUUUUUUUUCUCAUCAAGGACCCAUACAUAGGUUCACAUUUGUCCAUGGUCCAUCAUUUGACAACAUCGUGUUCCAGAGACCCCCUGUUUGAGAUUUAUGAUGUAUAAUUUAGUACAGGAUUACCUGUAGUUUGGGGGAUAAUGGUGGAGAGAGUGAGACCUAUGAUCAGAAAAGUCAUUUUUGUGUGUGUUUUGAUAAGGGACCUCCUGGUCUAGAACAUGUGGCUGGGAUGGGAAACACAUCAGUUCAAGAAAUCCUCAAAAAUCUUGUAUUUGAAUCUAUUUUAAAGAAACCCAGCUCACCUUUGUCAAUGAAGUCACAAGUUUGCUUUUAAAGGGAACAGUGCAAAGUAAGAGGGAUAUUUUGUCUAUUCCAAAUGCUGGAUUUUGGUUACCCCAAAGCAGGGAGACACCUCAGAGGGUCACCUCAGAGAAAGCACUCAGAGUAGAUCUGCUUUAUGUUCAGAUAAUUGAAGAUGGUUAUUUCCUUUUUUUCCCCAUAAAACCAUUCGGUUUUCUAAGGUCUCCAGGCAAACAUUGACUGGCUUGAUGAGACCAAGAUGUGUACAAUCAUCAUGAUAUACUGUGUGAAAAAUGUGCCUUAACUUCUUUCGAUGUUGUAUUGUUGAAUUCUUGAAUACCCUCUCAAGACUCUCAAAUCGCACACACACGUGCUAAAUCCCAGAGGGUGUCAUCAAUCAAGUUUCAAUCAAUCUGGAAAUGGAAUUUAAAUUUGAACAUUUCAUUGAAAGAUCAUUUGUGACUUUAUGAUUAAAAUUAAAAAAGGCUAUAAAGAAAUAUGCUUACUAAUCCUAGAUUAUAAGACAAAGUCUGUUUUUCUACAUAAGUGUAAAAACGUGGCUAUUUUUAUCUGCCCUGAAGUAUAGCUCUGUCUGAAGAGAGAUUUCUUUGUAGUGUAAGCAGACAGAAUCUGCAUUCAUUAUCUUUUGACAUGAUGUUAAAACGGCAUUUUACCAGUAUAAAUAGAGUUUUGAUUGAGGAUGAACCAGUUUCAGUCAUCAUUAGUGACAGUUUGGGUAUAGUAGAUAAUGUCUUAUUAACAUUCAUCCAUUUCUAGAUCACCCAAGUGUUUUUUUUCUGCUGUUUUUUUCUGCUGUUGUGAGACUUGGUUGUUUUUGGCAGUUUGUGUAUUUUGUAUGCAAUAAAGAGUGUCUUUUUUGA